AUGACGGCGACACGAAACAAGAAGCCCUUGUUUGUGAAGCCUCAGAAGUAUUCCAAGUCAGAAACUUCACAAAAGCUUGAGAAUACUGCUGCAGACGACUGCCAGCGGUGCUUCCUCCGCCUGGAGGCCUACCCCGACCAUGCUUGUGAGACACGUCAAGGAUCUAGAUCCUGCAACUACUGUCUUCUGGUGCGCCAUAGGUGCCAACCGCUUCCUGACGAGAUCAAACCUGCUGCUGUUGCUUCUCUGAAGAAGACUGGCAAAGCUAGGGUGAACGCAAUCCGCGCUGUUCGUCAGAUGAUCAAGGACAGAAGCCGCCGAAUUAAUCGGAAGGCGAGUGAACAGGCUGCGCGAAAUAAGCAGCUUAAACGUGAGCCGGAGGAUAGCCUUUGA